AAACAAACAAAAAAAAGCAACAAUUGAUUUGAUUGUCAGUUUAGCCGCGCGGAGGACAACAACAACAUCAGCAAAAUGCCGGCCACUAAUCGAUGGACAACAACAUCAACAACUGGACAACAAUCGACGGAUACGUUUGCCGAUCUGGUGGCCAAAGUAUUUGCCACACAUUUUGUACUGUUUGUUACCGAACGCGGCCAACAGUGGUCGCGCCGACGAUUUGACGACACGGUCGAGUCGGUACUAAACCAUUUCGGUUCGGUUGUCCAGAAGCUUAACCUGACCAUACGCGACCUUUACGGCCACAAUGCCUAUCCAUUGCAUAGUUUGCGGUUCAAGUUUAACGAUUGGCAAACAUUGAAGUCGCGUCCAAAGCCCGAACAGUUGCGCAAACUUCAGAUGGAUCUGAUCGGUCAUAUGUCACCCACUGUUGCCGCCGACUCUGACUCGUCCGCCGCUACCGUCGGAGGUGGACAGACCACCACUACUACUACUACUACACCGUGGUAUGACCGCUGGAAACAAUUGUUUAUCGAUACCAUUGACCAAUCGGAACACGACUUUAUCGGUGCCAACUUUGGCGUCUUUUUUGUCAUUACCGAUGAAGAGUUGGACAACUUUAAGGAUUUGUUCGCCACGUUUAUCACUCAGUUGAAACAGAUGUCAUGGAUCCGAUGGAUUCAACCGGAUUUUGUUCGCUAUUAUAUUGUCUUAAGUGAACAAUCAUUAGAUACACACCAAUCGUUUAAUUCGCCAAAAGCUCUACUGUUUCGUGAAUUGCAAUCCAUUUAUCCCAACUCCUAUUGGCUACACAUUGACAGUCAACUGUUGUCACCGCCGGCGGCCAGUAGUAGUAUGGGUGGCGAUAAUGGUAUCAUCGCUGCCGCCGAUGACGAGGUUUUCUGUGAUAAUAAUAAUAGUCAUCAUCAACAGCAACAACAACAACAGUUGCCACCAAUGAUGAACAGAUAUGACUCGAGUGAGAAUUGCAAUCACUUAUCGUCUUCGCGUACCGAUUCGCCUAUUGGCGGCACCAGUAGUAGUAGUGUCGACCCAUUGAACGCUACGGUACUGUCACUGAGACACACGAACAGCAAUAAUCAGACAACACUGAGCAGCGGCUCAUCCGAUCAGAGUCUAACUAAUUCAAUACAGAGCUUGAGUUUACAAGAUCUAAGCCAACGCUAUCUACAAAUGUUGAUCAAACCGACGGCUGCCGGCACCGGUCGAUCAAUGGCCAACAACCGAUACUCGCCAGCAGUGGCCACCAUUAUCUCGGAUAUGCUCAAAGAGUUUGUAACAAAAACACUGGUACCGUGGUCGGAAAAACAUAUCAAACUACUCGGCGAUGCCAUUGCUCAGCGUAAAGGUUUCCGUAAAUCAAUGUUCAAUCUGACCAAAUCGAUGAUCGGCGCCAUGAGUUCGUCGACCAUUGGUAGUCCUGGUAAAUCUGGUUCGUCAUCAUCGCUAGCGUCGGGAGGAUCGGGAUCAGCCGGUUCGAGUCCACCGUUGAUAAUCUAUUCGCCCGAAGCACCCGAAAUGCAGCAGCGAAAACUAGGCGAUCUGGCCAUGUCGUUGACAAUGUACGAACUGGCCUACCAAUCGUACUAUCAGGCCAAAAAAGACUACCAGGCCGAAAAUGCUGUACUAUACUAUGCCGGUGCUACCGAAGCCUCAGCUAUUGCCUCGUAUUUUACCCAACGUUUUCAGAAACAUUAUUUCGAACAAUCGAUUACCUGCUAUGCGGAUAGCUGUGGCCUACCGGCCAUGCCGUACGCUACCCGUGCAACCAUACUGGCCACUGAAGCCUUGCGCCAGCAGUGGCCGAACGAAGCGGCCAAACUGUUCAUUCAUAUGACCGGCGAUGACAGUGAACUGCGGUCGGCAUUGUUUCUCGAACAGGCCUCGCUGUGCUUUCUGGCUGCCGGUUCCCGACAGCGUAAGGCUGCCUUUCACUACGUACUGGCCGGUCAUCGUUUCAACAAAUGUUAUCUCAAACAUUAUGCACUGGCAGCCUAUCGACAGUAUCCGACCAGCCAGUGGACGGAUGCGUCCGAUUUUGUUAGCCUAACUGUCGGCCGAUUGUAUCUGAAUAUUUACAAUACAAAUCCAGCCCUGUAUGGCCACUAUCGACGAUCGGGUCUCGAACUGUUCCGUAUUAAUGCCCGAAAAGAACCGUUUUUUCACGAAUUUAUACGCGAAAUCAAAAAAGAUUUCGAACUGAUCGCCGAUAAUAAUUCUAUGGCCAAAACUACUUCCUCGAGUGCCGCCGCCGCCUCCUCCGCAGCCGACAGUAUCCACUACUUAGACAUACCGUUCAUACAUUCCGUCGGCUACGAGCCGACCAACAAUUCGGUUGUCACCAAAAAGGAUCGCAAUCUGUGUUUUUUGGGCGAAGAGAUUGUUUUUCGGCUGUGUUUGACCACACCGUUUGCCUAUGUAUUACAUCGACUGUGCUUUUAUACUACCGGUACUAAUACUAACAGUGCGACCGCAGUAGCCGAUGUUACCGCCGCUGUUAUCGACUGUCCGGCCAUAACGACAACAUUGGACACCAACGAUCCGAUUUGGAUUCAAUUGUCGAUCAAAGCUAAUACCGAAUGCGAGUUCGAUAUAUUGGGCGUCGACUACAAGUGCGACGAUAUCGUAGACAUCAGGUGUCCGUUCAGUGAUAAACAAAGAGCUGGUCUCCGAUUUCGGGCCAUAAAGACAUUACCAUUGAUUCAUAUGGAACUGAGAUUUAAAAACGAAUCGUUAGAACAGUGGUCAGCGUCACCGUCGUUGCCCGUAUACACCAAUGAGAUCAUCGAACUGCUACUCAAGCUAUCUAUUGGCGAAACAUCGGCGGCGGCGACGAUAUGGAGACCAUCAUCGGUACGAUUGACUACAAAUGCAAUCCUACUAAACAGUGAUAACAACAAUAGUUCAGUGAUUACGAAUGCGAGGACACAGACAAUGGCCAUCGUGUUUGACGGCGACCACUCGGAAACAAUGUUCAAAAUACAGAUGCCGUCGACCAGUUCCGACCGCUAUGACGUCCAGUUUACCGUAACUUAUAGGGACAACAGUGGUAACCAGAGUCGAUCUGUUUGUCGAACAUUGAGUUUUUCGGUUAGCGAAUGUCUUCGACUGGACAGUUGUGUACAGGAAGUACUUAGUUUGACCAACACUUUGCCGACAACAGCGAUAACUGUGAUACCAUUCCCUGAACCGGGUGGACAACAACCGCAACCGCAACAACAACAACAUCAAGCAUUGAGUACAACAGUAGUAAACAUUGAAUUACCGCCACAGCUGACCGGUCACGUACUGACCAAUGGUCGGUCGCUGGCCUGGAGUAUAGGUGGCGGUCAACAACGGGAAGGCCUUAUUAGGAUUCAAUGAUUUUUUUAAUUAUUUUAUUUUUUAAUUAUUUA